UGCUGCUGAAGAACCAAAAUCCCAGAAAAUAAGAAGAAGAAAGAAAGUGAGAGAAAAUGUGCUCUUCAGAAGCUGAUUGCAGGCCUCUGGGCUUUCUGCUUGGCCUUCCUUUUGCUCUCCUCUCCCUCAUCCUCUCCAUCGUCGGCCUCGUUAUCUGGAUCGUCAGAUUGUUGCUGACUUGCAUAUGCCCGUGCUGUUUGUGGGUGACGGUGGUCGUGGAGUUGGUCAAAGCCCAAAUUCAUGUCAUGGAGUGGUUCACUUCUCAAAUCCCCUGCUAA